CACAAAUUUCCGGAUCCGGCUAGUUGCCAGGUGCGACAGAAAAAUAUUGCUUCGUGUCUAUAACUUUCUCUGUCUAAGUUUACGCUAAUAAUCAACGAACCAUGUCAACUGGACAUAUUCUACCAGGCUACAGAGACUCAGUGUCAAAGUUUCACAGAGCUCACGUGGAACCGGAUGUCGGUGCACAGUCUUUGAAAGACAAAAUUGAUCUAACAAAUGCAGGUCACGAUUUUGAAUUUGAAAGAAUCAGACAAAAUGCCAGAGACGUCUGGAUGCAGCCAGAUAGGGAACAGACAACCUAUGGGAACUUUCACAAUGAUAAAAGUGUGGAUGUAGAUGAGUGGCAGUACAAUCGACCAACUUCAGCUGAGAGAAAGAACAAGCCUCAUCCUCCGCAUGUAUUUUUGACAACCAGACUGCACAGUAUUCCAGGAUAUCAUAACCCAGAUGCCACAUUGGGGAAACCAACCUAUAAAAGAGCAAGCACAGGAACAGUUUUGGAACCCAUUGUUGAUCCCUCUGUUUCGCGUGAAGUUCAAUCCAGCCGUGCAUCGCUGCGUAGCAAGUACACACCCCUUCAGAGCGCACAAGCCAGACGACAGUAUGACAAGAAAAUAGACUUUAAAGAAAUGGGUGUGACCGGAAGAGAUGCUCAGGGUCUAGAUGCAAUGAUGCAGAUGGUGGACAAAGAAGACCAGGACCAUAUCAUGCAGUUAGGAGAAGCUAAGGCUAACAGUGGACCAGGAAAGAACUGGCAGAAUCCAUUAGCUCCUCAACCCAAGGCCUCCACUCAUAGAUAUCUGAAGACUGCAGGCCCUAGAGAACUAGAUGCUCUAGAUCAAUACCGAAAACCAGGACAAUAUGGGUCUAUGGGAACAUAUGGUGGCUACACUGCCCCUAUUGAUAAAUCAUCCCAGAAACAAAAUGGUGACUAUCAUCGGGGACAUUGCCAAACAUAUAUUCAUGAUCAGUCCACCAAUCCAGUCAUGGAUCAUACAGGAUGGAGAGUCCAACCACCAUGGGGUCGUACAAACAUCAAUGAUCCCAAUGCUAAGCCAUUAGAGACUUAUAGCAGCGCUAAACAUACUGAUGCGCAAAAUAUGCGUCGUUCAGCUGGUGUGACAUUGAAGCAUCCGCGAGCAAAUAGAGGUGACUUCCUGAUGCAUCCUGAUUGGCCACCGACUAUUCCUCAUCACCGUCUUCCUUGCUUGUGCUAAGCUCAAGAGGAGGGAAAACCCCAUGAUUCAAUUGAUGACAUACGAUUUCCUCCUUCGUGCACCUCCUUUACGUAUACUUGUUUCCCCUCCAUCUUGGUUUUCAAAGUUUUCAAAUUGACCUACUUUUAAACUAAUCAACGAUCGACUCGCUAAACCAAUCAGCGACGAUGUCAUCUCAAUACAGAUUUACAUUAUAAGCGUAUGUCAUCUUUGA